AUGGAAAAUCAUGUAUCUCAACAAAACCUGGCAGCCACUAAUAAUCCCUUUCUGCCUGGAGGUGCUGGUGAUGGUAGCUUUGGUUCUAAAAUCCACGGUGAGGAUAAAAAGCUGAGACUAUUCGGCUUUGAGGUGGAUCUGUAUUGCAAGGGUGCAGAACUUCAGGGAGGAUCUGAACUAGAUGAGACUGCGAAUUCCCCAGACGUGGCUUUAUCAAAGAUGGAGAAGAGUGUUGAGAAGCCGGAGCACAAGAAGUAUGAGUGUCAGUUCUGUCUGAAGGAGUUUGCCAAUUCGCAGGCGUUGGGGGGUCACCAGAAUGCCCAUAAGAAGGAGAGGCUGGAGAAGAAAAGAUUGCAGCUUCAGGGAAGGAAAGGUAGCCUCAAUUUUUAUUUUCAACCCCUUCGAAGUGAUGUUGGUUUCAUUUACCAUGAGUCUCCCUGGUUCUAUGAUUCUGUUUCGUCCUCCAUACCCGAGUUCAUGCUGUAUAAGGAGCCUCAUAUUAGCUUUGAUGAGCCCCAAGCCUCUGGCUCAACUCUCUCACAACCGAUCCCAACAAGACACCCGUUUGCAAAGCCUGAGACAGAAGUAUAA